CGUUACAUGAAUUUUCUUUCAAUUCACAACUGGCUGCAUUCACAAGCAACUACUGUGACAAUGAGUGAACGCGAGCGGAUGGUGUCAAACGUCUAACGUGCCCCGGUAUCCUCUCUUCCGGCUUUGGGCCUUGCAGUCGGGGGCGUGUGCUUUUCAGCGGCUGCUCAUCCUUGCGCCGAAGCCUGGGUCCUUGCCCUGGGAAAGAAGCAGCUCGGAGGCUGAGGCGGAGGGCGCAACCUCCCCUGCUAGCUCUGCCCUAGCCACUGAGGACGCUUGCCCUUGCAGGGGAAGGGGGCGGGCGGCCCGGCUUGUCCAGCCUCCUCGGGGAGGAGCCGCUAACGGCCGUCUCUCUCUUUCUGGGUACUGAGACUGCGUGAGGCCGGGUAAGCCGAGCUGGAGCCGGGGAGAAGUGCUGAUGACCCAAGCCGAGAAGAGCGAAGCGACGGCAGCGGAGAAUGGAAAGGACAAGGAACGCGACAGGGAGAGGGAGCAGCGCGGGGCCAAGAGGCCCAUCGUCCCUGCCGCCGUGCCCGAGUCCCUUCAGGAGCAAAUACAGAGCAACUUCAUUGUCGUGAUACAUCCUGGUUCAAUGACUUUAAAGAUUGGAAGAGCUACAGAUACACUUCCUGUUAGCGUUCCUCACAUCAUUGCAAGGAGACACAAGCAACAAGGACAACUCACAUUCAAAGACAGUUGGCUUUUAAGAGAAGGACUCAGUAAACCUGAAAGUUCUGAACAAAGACAAAAUGGCCUUAAAAUGGUUGAUCAAGCAAUAUGGUCCAAAAAGAUGUCAAAUGGGGCCAGGCGUAUUCCCGUAUCACCUGAUCAGGCCCGGUCUUACAAUAGACAGAUGAGGCCUGCUAUUUUAGAUCACAGUUCUGGGACCAAAUGGACAAAUACAACCCAUCAUCCAGCAUAUCUCAUUGGAGAAGAGGCAUUAUAUGUUAAUCCUUUGGAUUGUUACAAUGUUCAUUGGCCUAUUAGACGAGGACAGCUGAACCUUCAUUCAGGGCCUGGUGGCUCCCUUACUGCAGUCCUAGCUGAUCUUGAAGUUAUAUGGUCACAUGCAAUACAGAAAUAUUUAGAAAUACCUCUUAAGGAUUUAAAGUAUUACAGAUGCAUUUUACUGAUCCCAGACAUCUAUAAUAAACAGCAUGUGAAAGAAGUAGUAAAUAUGAUCCUAAUGAAGAUGGGAUUCUCAGGAAUAGUGGUGCAUCAGGAGUCCGUCUGUGCCACUUUUGGAAGUGGUUUAGGUAGCGCGUGUGUUGUUGAUGUGGGAGAUCAGAAGACAAGCGUUUGCUGUGUUGAAGAUGGUGUCUCACAUCGUAAUACUAGGUUAUGCCUUGCAUAUGGAGGUUCUGAUGUGUCAAGAUGUUUUUAUUGGCUUAUGCAGCGAGCUGGAUUUCCUUACAGAGACUGCCAGUUAGCUAAAAAGACAGACUGUCUCCUUCUUCAGCACCUAAAAGAAACAUUUUGCCAUUUAGACCAGGAUUUAUCUGGACUGCAAGAUCAUGAAUUCCAAGUUCGUCAUCCAGAUUCUCCAGCCUUAUUAUAUCAGUUGCGGUUGGGAGAUGAAAAAUUACAGGCUCCAAUGGCUCUUUUUUAUCCAGCAACAUUUGGAAUUGUGGGGCAGAAAAUGACAUCUUUGCAACAAAGAUCACAAGGUGAUCCAGAGGACCCACAUGAUGAACAUUAUCUCUUAGCAACACAAAGUAAGCAGGAGCAGUCUGCAAAAGCAACAGCAGAUCGAAAGUCCAUGUCCAAGCCUGGUGGAUUUGAGGGAGACUUGCGUGGCCAGUCUUCAGGAAUUGCUGAAAAUCUCUAUCCCCCAGAAGUGGAACUAGGCAGCUCUCACAGUGACUGUAUUAUAGGUGGAAACGAGUCUGAAGAACCACUGACAGCUCACAUAUCCAGAAAAACUGCUGUAUCUCAAUUUGAAGGAAAAGCAUUAGGCCUCGAUAAAGCAAUUCUGCAUAGCAUCGACUGUUGUGCAUCAGAUGAUACAAAAAAGAAAAUGUACAGUUCCAUCCUGGUGGUAGGAGGUGGUUUGAUGUUCCACAAAGCCCAAGAAUUUCUUCAGCACAGAAUUCUCAACAAAAUGCCCCCUUCUUUCAGGAGAAUUGUUGAAAAUGUAGAAGUUAUUACAAGACCAAAGGACAUGGAUCCCCGUUUGAUUGCUUGGAAAGGGGGUGCUGUUCUAGCUUGCUUGGACACAACACAGGAGCUUUGGAUAUAUCAACGAGAAUGGCAACGUUUUGGUGUCCGUAUGUUACGUGAAAGAGCGGCAUUUGUGUGGUGAUACACUGAUAUUUACGUAGGGCAUAACGAUAAAUACGUUUUUUCCCUGAUUUUUUUAAAAUAAAAAUUUAUUAAGUAAAAAGUAAUGUUCUUCUCAUUUGAAAAACAAGAUGCAAAAUACUGGGAUCAAGUUAUCUAAAAAUCUUAUUAGGAUAGACAAGAAUGGUUCUGGCUGCCUCUCCUCAGAAACAGCCAAUGAGAGUGGGCUGGGUCAGUGACAGUUGAAGUCAGUUGGGAGUGAGAGAGGGAGGCUUUUGGAGCAGCAGAGAUACUGCUGGCUGUUACAAACCUGUUCUGAUACAUAGAAACAUUUCCUCUUUAACCACAGUA